GGCCAUUUGCACUUCAAUGAUAAGCAAUUUUCGACUAUCGAUAACCGCUGAACGCCCUAUCACCCUACAAAUAUAUUAUCGGCCAAAAAUAUCGAUAUAGGUAUGACGUUAGGAAACGCUGGACGAAUUGCUGUUUGUUGGGGAAUUCUGACCGCUGGUGGAGUGUACGCUUUUGUGCUGUCCAAGCAAUCCGUUGAUAGCCGGCGUUACGAGAGCAUGCGAGUGCGUGAACGCAUGAGAAAAGCAAAUCACGGCGACUACGACUCUUCCUCUUCUGAAAGGCGUUUUGACUAAGGUCGAACAUAUUUAGUUAACCAUCAAUUAAAAGCAGCACGA